UUUCUUUCUCGACCGCCACUGACUCGGAGUCGACCUCUAGGCAUGCUAUCUCGCUGUCGAGCCCGCUCUGCUCCGCUCAAGCUCGCGCGCUCACUACAUGCCUCUACGUCUCGGAAACGAGAACUUUUCGACCCGAGUAAUGUCGACCGGCCAAGCGAUGAGGUCGACGUCUGCAUCGUCGGCGCUGGUCCCGCAGGCCUCAGCGCCGCCAUCCGACUGAAGCAGCUCGAACAGGAGAAGGGUCGCGAAAUCCGCGUUGUUGUCCUCGAGAAGGGCGCUGAAGUCGGCUCGCACAUUCUCUCCGGCGCAGUCAUUGAGCCCCGCGCGCUCAAUGAGCUCCUUCCCGACUGGAAGGAACGGCCAGACCACCCACUCUCCCAACCUACGACGUCCACCCAGAUGCGCCUCUUCACCAAGAACCGCUCCUUCCGCAUCCCCCAGCCCCCGCAAAUGGCGAAGAUGGGCACCUACGUCGUCUCCCUCUCUCGUGUCACGGCGUGGCUCGGCUCUAUUGCGGAGGAGAUGGGUGUGGAGGUCUACCCGGGCUUCGCCGGCGCCGGUCUCGUGUACAGCGCAGACGGCAAGGCCAUCCUCGGGGUGCGCACGAACGAAGUCGGGCUCGACCGGCAAGGGCGGAUGAAGGACGCGUUCGAACCGGGUAUGGAGUUCCGAUCCCGCGUCACUCUCCUUGCUGAGGGCGCGCACGGCUCACUGUCGAAGGAGGCCAUUCGCCGCUUCAAGCUCCGUGAGGGCCGGGAUCCCCAGACGUACGGUCUCGGAAUCAAGGAAGUGUGGCGCGUGGAUCCGAGCAAGCACGAACCCGGGAAGGUUGUGCAUUCUAUGGGCUGGCCACUCGACCUGCACACGUACGGUGGCGGGUGGGCAUACCACAUGGCGGACGGACUGGUUACGCUCGGCCUGGUCGUAGGCCUCGACUACCCAAAUCCGUACCUUAGCCCGUACCGCGAACUACAACGUAUGAAACACCACCCGUACUUCCGCGACCUGCUUUCAGGCGAGUCGACGCGAAUAGCAUACGGCGCGCGCGUUCUUAACGAGGGUGGCCUCCAAUCCGUGCCCAAGCUCAACUUCCCCGGCGGCGCGCUCAUCGGCUGCUCCGCCGGCUUCGUGAACGUCGCAAAGAUCAAGGGCACGCACAACGCGAUGAAGAGCGGGAUGCUCGCCGCUGAAGCCGCGUUCGACGUUGUCGCAUCCGACGCGACAUCCGAAGACGAGCCCGCGGACAUGAGCGCGUACGAGACGUCUCUGCACAAGAGCUGGGUGCACGACGACCUGUACGAGGUCCGCAAUGUGCGGCCCUCGUUUAACACCUCGCUCGGCAUCCUCGGCGGCGUCGUCUACUCGGGCAUCGACACGCUCCUUUUGCGCGGCCGCACGCCGUGGACGUUCCGGAACAAACUCCAGCUUUCCGACGCCGCACACACCAAGCGCGCUUCCGAAUGCAAGCCCAUCGAGUACCCGCCGUUCCAACCCCCGCUUUCGACCGACCUCCUCACGAGUGUCGCGCUCACCGGGACCAACCACGCAGAGGACCAGCCCGUGCACCUCCGCGUGCGUCGGUACCUUCCCCAAAGCGGCGGCGAGGACGCGGGCGUCGAAGGCUCAGAGCCUGAGAAGGGCCUCGCGACGGAGCGCUGGACCGAGGACGCGUCCGUCCGGCGCGCCCACGUGCACGCGAACGUCGAGGAGUACGCGGGGCUGCUGGGUCGCGGGUGCCCGGCGCAGGUGUACGAGUAUGUCGACGCGGACGGCGCGGAGGCGGAGACGACGGAGGUCGCGGAGCAGGCAGGCUGGGGCGGGAAGCGGCUCGUGAUCAACUCGCAGAACUGCAUCCACUGCAAGUUCUGCGACGUCAAGGUGCCGACGCAGGACAUCACAUGGACCGUGCCCGAGGGCGGCGGAGGCCCGAAGUAUACGGUCACAUAGCGCGCUGUCUCAUACAACAACGGUGAUAAUUCCGUCGCUUUAGUAUCCUUGUAGCAUACAACAUCAAUCUGAAGAUGUAGUUGACGGUGGCGGGCUUGGGUCAGACAAUGCUAUCGGAGUGAAUCUUGGUGGCC